CCGACUUGAAGCAACAUGGGCAAAUCGAGGAAACCAUCGCGCAACAACAAGCGCAAGGCAGAGAACGCAGCGGGUGACGAUGCGCCUCAACCUUCCAAGGAAGACGAUUGCAAGGUGAUUGUCAUGAACUUUGGCGCGUGGAAGGAUAAGAAGGACAUGGAGGCCGUGUUGACCAAGCACAACCACGUGUACAAGGCGAUCCAGAAGCUUCCGAAGAGCACGUUCGGAUUCAUCUUGUAUGAGACCAAGGAAGAGCGUGACGCCGCGCUUGACGUCCUCGCGACGAUCGAGUGGGCCAACAGUGAAACCAUUGAAGCCAAGCCGGCAUUGGCCAAGCGCAGCCUCAAGCCCAUGAAAGUGGACACUGCCACGACGGGCGGCGAGGCGAAGACAGUGAUGGAUGCUGUGACGCCGUGGCGCAAUGUCCCAUACGUCGAGCAGCUGGAACGUAAGGAGGACGCGAUGAAGAAGGUAUUGGUACGCAUCGUGCGCCAAACGCGCAAGGAGUACAUGGACAAGCAAAAACGCAUCGGCGACGAGCGCAAGCGCCUUCGCAAGGCCCAAAACGUGGCCACUCUCGACGAUAUAGUCGGUGGCCCCGCGGACGUGGUCGUGCCCUCGUGGCUCGACAGCACCGGGUCGCUGUACCUGCUCACGCCGACCGGAUUGUUUGCACAGAGCCUGCAAUCUGAUGACGCCCCGUGGGUGUUUUUGGCUAAGGCCGACGGGUUCACCGGUCUAAUUUCGUUCGCGUCUGAGUUGGUAGCCACCAACUCGGAUGGCCACUUGUACAUCUUUGACACGACCGCGCUCACGUGGUCCAAGCUGUCGGGCGCGCCCGCGGCCGCCGUCACGGCCAUGGCGUCGUUCCGGGGCCAUUUGGUGUGCGCCACGUCCGAUGGCCAAAUUGUGAAGCGCGUGGUGACGGGCAGUCGCGACGAUGCCGCGUGGGUGCCGCUGGCGUCGUUGAACGUCCCUGCCACGGCCAUCACAGUGCACCAGAGCUUCUUUUACGCGACGCUUGCAGAUGGCUCGUGGAAGCGCGCGCCGCUGAGCUCGGACGCCACGGAAGCGCUCGUGUUUGAACCGUGUCCGUUUGCGUUUGCCCAUGUCCAAGGCAUGACGUCCCACGAUGCCAAGUUGAUCAUCGUCGUGCAGCCAGAAUCCGGAUCGACGACGGAGCUUUUAUUUUUGAACGAUGACGGUAUCCUCCGAGCCCAGAAAAAGGUCGUGCUGCAUGACGUUGACGCGGCGGGGUCUGUUGUCGUUGGCUUUGCCUCGCACAAGGGUUUGUGCUGUAGCAUGCAACCCAUCGCGCCGUCGCCCGCGUUGGAGGGCUACCGCAACAAAUGUGAGUUCAGCUGCGGCUACGACGCCGACCGCAACCCGGUGGUCGGGUUCCGCUUUGGCACGUACAAGGACGGCUUGGUAUCUGUGGGGGCGCCCGACGAGUGCAUCAACGUGCCGGCAACCAUGAAGGCCAUGGUGGCCACCUUUCAAGCGUUUUUGAACCAGUCGUCGAUGCCAGUGUAUGACGUGUUGACCCACCAAGGCGUGUGGCGCCUCCUGACCAUCCGUGCCAGUGUGCACACGAGCGAAGUGAUGGUGUGCGUGCAAGCCAACCCGUCCGCCCUCGACGCCGACGCCUGGACCGCCGCCAAGGCCGAGCUAGUUGAAGCGCUGACGUCCAAGCAUGCGAUUACGUCGUUCUUUGUGCAAGAAUACUCGGGCGUGUCCGCCCCCGAAGAAGACCACCCGGUGGUGCACGUGUACGGCAAGUCCCACAUCGAAGAAGAGCUGCUGGGGCUCCGCUUCCGCAUCUCCGCCAACGCGUUCUUCCAAGUUAACACCCCCGGCGCCGAAGCCCUGUACUCGCUCGUCCGCGAGUUCACCGCCGCCGACGCCAAGACGCAAGUGUACGAUGUGUGUUGCGGGACCGGCACCAUUGGGCUCUGUCUGGCCGCGGACGCCGGCAAAGUUGUCGGCAUCGAGUUGUGCAAGGCGGCGACCGACGACGCCGCCGUCAACGCCUCGCUCAACAACAUCUCGAACGCAACGUUUAUCAAUGCCAAGGCCGAAGACGUGAUGAAAAACGUCCUCCGCACCCCCCGCCAAGGCAACGACCUCCUCUUGGAGCAAGCGGUGGCCGUGGUCGAUCCCCCUCGCGCCGGCCUCCACGUCAAGGUGCUUCGGGCACUCCGCGAGUUCAAUCCUGUCACCCGCAUUGUGUACGUGAGCUGCAACCCCACCGGGUCGCUCGUCGAGGUACGCACUUCAAUCAUAUUGUUUGGUCGUUAAGAAUCCUUUGUAGAAUGCUGCGACUUUGUGCGGCCCUGAGACGAGCAACUUGAAGGGCCGAGCGUUCAAACCCGUGGCGGCCGCCCCCGUCGACAUGUUUCCUCACACUGAACAUUGCGAAAUGAUCAUCGUGUUUGAACGACAGCCGAAAAAUUAGAACUAUGUUCGACGAUAUGUAAACAACCUUCAUAACGCGACCGAGGACAACGUGAUGGUCGUGACGUGGACAGACAUAGUACUACUGGUGGCUUCAUGGUGGAGGAUAUGUCGACGACAAGC